AUGGACUUUGGUUUCUUGUUUAUGAUCUUUAACUACUUGUUGUUUCCAAUUAUGUGCAGAGGGGAAUCCAAAGAGCUUUCCAAGUUUUACAUGGUUGAGGUAGACAUCCAGGUUCCAUUAGCAUACGACCCUUUCGUAGAAGCCCAAGACACAGAUGCACCAGGGACAAAAGAGUACAUCCACGUGCGUAUCCAGCAGAGGAAUGGGAGAAAGAGUUUGACAACGGUUCAAGGUCUGAAGAAAGAAUACAGCUACGAGAAGAUUCUCAAGGAUCUUAAGAAAGACUUUUGCUGCAACGGGAACGUUGUGGAGGACAAGGGGCUAGGCAAGAUCAUUCAGCUUCAGGGUGAUCAGAGGAAGAAAGUUUCUCAGUUUUUGUUUCAGACUGGGAUUGCUAAGAAGGAUCAGAUCAAGAUCCACGGGUUCUAA